AUGAGCAACAAAUUCUUAGGCACCUGGAAACUUGUCUCCAGUGAGAACUUUGAUGAUUACAUGAAAGCUCUGGGUGUGGGAUUAGCCACCAGAAAACUGGGAAAUUUGGCCAAACCAAGAGUGAUCAUCAGCAAAAAAGGGGAUAUUAUGACUAUAAGAACUGAAAGUACCUUUAAAGAUACAGAGAUCUCCUUCAAGCUAGGCCAGGAAUUUGAAGAAACCACAGCUGACAAUAGAAAGACAAAGAGCGUUGUAAGUUUGGCAAGAGGCUCGUUGAAUCAAGUACAGAAAUGGAAUGGCAAAGAGACAACAAUAAAGAGAAAGUUGGUGGAUGGAAAAAUGGUAGUGGAAUGUAAGAUGAAGGACGUGGUCUGCACGAGAAUUUAUGAGAAGGUCUGA